UAAACAGAAAGAUCAUGCUUACAGCACAUAGGAAGCAAAUGGAGAGACUGAUUUUCACAGAUCAUGUUUCUGAGACAUUACCAAAGAUUCAUGUCAAUGAUAUAAUUCUCUAGAGAAACUCAGAAAAGCAAAGGAAAAUUUCCCUUGAGGACAAGGUCCAAGUCUACUGCUUUCUUUGAAAUAUCAAGGUACUCAUCUGCAGAUGUACUAACUCAAUAGGUACUCAGUAAAUGUUAAUUGGGUGAAUAAAUGAGCCAAAGAAAGGUACCAGCACAACUGGAAAGUCCUGCUGGGACUCAGCUACAGAAAGUUCAGAGACAGCAAGUAAAACCCUUCAUGACCCUUGACUACCAGAUUGUCAACCAGACUCUUAAAAGGUCACACCCUUCGACACCAAGCAGUGCACUUUUGGUACAGCAUGGACAUCUGUCUCCCAAGAGUGAUACUCCCUUCACUGGAAAUCCACUCACCAAGUUGCUAACUCUUGGUAAAGAAGAUGACAAUACAGAAUGGCAUCUAUCUGGAAGUAUUUUGGAUGUGUAUAGUGGUGAGCAGGGAAUUUCACCUGUUAACAUGGGCCUUACAAGUGCUUCUUGUCCAAGUAGUCUACCAAUGAAAAGAGAAAUUACAGAAACUGAUACUCGAGCUUUGGCAAAAGAAAGACAAAAAAAGGACAACCACAAUCUCAUUGAAAGAAGAAGAAGAUAUAAUAUUAAUUACCGAAUCAAGGAGCUUGGCACUCUUAUUCCAAAGUCUAAUGAUCCUGAUAUGCGCUGGAACAAAGGAACCAUUCUAAAAGCAUCAGUGGAGUACAUCAAGUGGCUACAAAAAGAACAACAGAGAGCUCGAGAAUUAGAACACAGGCAGAAGAAAUUAGAGCAGGCUAACAGGCGGCUUCUACUCCGGAUUCAGGAACUAGAAUUACAGGCUCGUGCUCAUGGUCUGCCAAUCCUGGCUUCACUUGGCACAGUUGAUUUAGGUGCUCAUGUCACCAAACAACAGAGCCAUCUUGAGCAAAAUUCAGUAGACUGCUGCCAACAGUUGACUCUGUCUCAGGGGACAAGCCCUGAGCUCUGUGAUCAAGCUAUGGCCUUCUCUGAUCCUUUGUCACACUUCACAGACUUAUCAUUUAGUGCAGCUUUGAAAGAGGAACAACGAUUGGAUGAUAUGCUACUGGAUGACACAAUAUCUCCGUUUGGAACAGAUCCUCUGCUAUCUGCCACUUCCCCUGCAGUUUCCAAAGAGAGCAGUAGGAGAAGUAGUUUUAGUUCAGAUGAUGGUGAUGAAUUAUAAAAAAUAAAUAGGCUCAAUUCAUCAACUGGAAAGAAGUUCUAUGCUGGUGCUAUGCAUUUAAGUUCUUUGUUUCACAUACUACUUUGGCUUAAUUGUUCUGAAAGGAAUAUAUUGUUCAUGAAAAACUGAUUAGAAACAACAGAAUUAACAGGAAGAAGAAACAUGGUAUUGAGAGCUAAAAAAGAUUUUUUUCCUCUUUGACUACUGAGUCCAAAUCUACUUCAAUUUUGUUUUCCUGGAAAGAGACACAACGUAAAAAAUAGCUCUCUACUGAUGUUUUAAAGUAGUGACUUUGUGAUGUGCUAUUGGAACUAACAGACUGCAGAGAAUAAAUCUUCUGAAAUAUAAAAUUUUUUUCUUACUUCCAUCUCCUUCCUAUUCAAGUCUGACAACAUUAAUUUUCAAGAAUCAAGAUCAACAGAUCGGGCAGUUCAUCACCCUUCUCCAUUGUCUUGUGGACAUGUUGUCUAAAGUUCAAGCCUUAUAGGGAAAAUAAUUAAAAGAUAGAUUAUCUGUAACUUACAAUUGAAAAGUGAAUCUAUAAUAGAAAUUAAAAUUUUCCACAAUAAAAUACAGAAAAUCUAAAAACUUUGGAUUCUAAAAUUAGACCUAAAUUCCUUUCGUCAGUUCAAUUGCACUAAUUUUAAAAGCAUCUUUGCAUAUCUGUGGAGACAUGCUCAGUUCAGAAAAGGAACACAUUGAAUAUUUUCCUCAAGAAUAUUCCCUAGAAUUUUAUCACUUCACAUAAACAUAUUUCCUUCCCCACAGGUAUACAAUGCAGAUAGUAUGUGUUCUUUUUAUUUUAGUUUUCUGCUUUUCUAAGUAGCGUCUAAAAUCACAUUCCAAAUCCUUUUUUCUUCAUCAAGAUGAGAUAUUGGAUAAUUAGUUUCAGCAAAUAAAAUGUCAAAAGUCCCCCUACUAAGACAAGUUGUCAAUUUGUUAAAUAAAACAGCAUUGUUUCCAAAAUUGAAUGUAAAAUAAUUAGUUCAUACAGUUUUGCUACAAAUUGACAAAAUUGAAAAUUGGGUUGCCAACUGAUAAAAUAAUUGGUAAAAGAGAAAAUCUUGCUUAUUAUAUUCAGCUCUGAGUGGAGGGUAAAGUUGUAUUCCUAUAAGUGCUUAGAAUACAAUCUUUUUUAGCUUUAUUAGCAUUUAUUAAGAAUAUGUAUAUCUAUAGGCCUUCACUCAAAUUUUCUUCUCUUGAGCUUCUUUGAAGCACUGGGAAUUAACUUAGCAAGCAAGUUGCUCUGUGCUGGACCUGCCUGAAUGACCAUCUGAUCAAUGAGUAUUUAUGGAGGCAUACUCAAAACUGCAAUGAAUUCUGUGAAAAUGUAGAACAGAUGAGAAAGAUAUGGUCUUACUCCUCAGGGAGUUAACAGUACUGCAUUGGAAACCACAGCAAAAUGUAGAAGACAUUUAAAAUUAAAGUCUACAUUGUACAGCAUAAACUGCAAAUACAGAAGGUCAGAGAAAAUAAAAAUGAAUGAAGGUUUAAGAAUCACAAAAGCAUGUGGGUACAGCAGAAUCUAACUUCUUUUAAAAGUAUACAUUUGGUGAAGGGGAGGCUGAAUAGGGGAAUAUCAACCAAAUGAUAAAAAUGAGAAUAAGUUGGGAAGUGUCUUCGUGAGACAUAACAGUAGAAAGAUCUGUCCACGCUAGAAGAUGCCUUUUGGGAACCCUGGAAAAUAUUAGUAGCAAGUUGUGGAAGCCUUUGAAAACUAAGAUAAAAUGACAUAAUAGAAAUAGACUUUAUUUUCUAGAAGGGAGAAGCCUAAAAAUUAAAAUGCUACUUUAUAUUACUAAUGUAAUUGAGAUAAAAUCUUUCAUGAAUAUUAACUUUGGGAUUAAAAAAUAUAAAUUCACAAGCAAAUUAUUUUAAUAUCUAAGGAUCAAGAGAGAUUCUUGGAAAAAUUGAUGGAUGCCCAGAAUAUUUUUGCAGAAAUAAGACUAAACAGUAAAUGAAAAAUAUUGUUUACCAAAUAAUUUUGUCACAACAUCAGCUAUCACUGGAAUAUUAAUACACAAUUAACCAAGCCUUGUUCAUUCAAAGAAUUAAUGCAUAAUUGCAAUCACAAAAAUUUUAUUAAAAAUGAGAUAAUUUUAUUUUUAGUAUUUUUAGUUAUCUUUUCAUGAUAAGGUCCCAUCUGAUCUUUUUUCUCUACUUUUGAUAAAAUACUGGCUUCCUUAUCAUGGAUUCACAUUAAAAACCUUUCCAACUCCCAGUGAUCUUAAAAUAACGAAGACCUCUUAUGAGUAACUUUUCUUACUUUAUUUUUUCCUUUUAGUGUCCUUUUUUCUUGAAUUUUCUCCAUAACUGAGAAUAUAUAUACAUAUCAUAUUUCCUUAGUUAUAGAUGUGAUGUCAGUGACUAUAGCUUUCUUUAUGUGGGUGCAAAACUCUAAAUAAUAAAUAGCCAGAUGAGCCAGGGACACCAAAAAAUAAACUUCCUUCUUUUUUUAACUCAUUCUUUUCUACUCACAUGACUGUACAUAAAAUAUUUAUUAGCUCUUACUUAAAAAAAAAUAGACACAAUGAGUUUCUUGACUUAGUAAGAUCAUUUAACUUUCUGUUAAGGAAGAAGUUAGAUUUCACAAGGUAAAAAAGAAUGUAUUGUUUCCUUGGUUUGAUUGAGUCAUAUUGGAAUUUUCUUAAACUUCAAGAUGUCACAAAAGUAUUUUUUGCUUUUCUGGUAUUGUGGAAUUUUGAUAUUUAAAUAAAUAAAGGUAUAACUAAAUGUUUCAAUGUUUUAAUAAUAUCUCUAAGCUGAAUUUAGUGACUUGAUCAUGUCUAAGAUGUAUAUGAAAACUAGAAUCAAUUAAUCAUUUUUCUGAGUUAUCAGCAUUAGAUCAACCAACUAGGUUUCUCAAAAAUACCUGAAGGAUUGAAUUUUGCUUCAGCGUUGUUAAUGGCACAACCUAUAAUUGCCUCAUGGAAUUACAUAUUUGCCCUUCCAGUGCCCUGUUUAUUGAUAAGAACAAAAUGUCAAUUUGAGUUAGUGUAAGUUACAUAUACAGAGAUUUCGUUAAUAAAUGAAUACUUAAUAAUUUGCUUAAUAAAUACUUAACACAUUUA